UGGUGGCUGGUGCAUCCACAGUUCAACAAAAUAUGAGUGACACAUGCAAACGAUGCGCGGCAAGUAUAAUCUGAGACGGUUACGCAGCAGCAGCUUCCCAAUCCCAAUCGCAACCACUUAUUCAACAUUGUCAUCCCCGACAACCCAAAUCAAAGACCCACACAUUGUGAAAUGCACCAAAGCCAUCUCUACCCACAUGCGCAAUGGCCACUGUCACUUGGCUCUCCGUCUCUUCGACGCCAUGCCUCUUCGAAACUCUGCCUCCUACAACGCCAUGAUAUCUGGCUACUUGAGGAACGCCAAGUUCUCCCUUGCACGGGACCUGUUUGACAAAAUGCCUGACAGUGAAAGGGACUUGUUCUCCUGGAAUCUAAUGCUUACUGGGUAUGUCAGGAACCGCAGACUCCGUGAGGCACGCAUGUUGUUUGAUUCAAUGCCUGAAAAGGAUGUUGUUUCCUGGAAUGCCAUGUUGUCUGGGUAUGUCCGGAGUGGCUGCGUUCAUGAGGCAAUGGAAGUUUUUGAUACCAUGCCUCAUAAGGAUUCCAUCUCUUGGAAUGGGUUGCUCGCGGCAUAUGUUCGGAGUGGGAGACUUGAGGACGCUCGUCGCUUGUUUGAGUCCAGAUCGGAAUGGGAAUUGAUUUCUUGGAAUUGUUUGAUGGGUGGAUAUGUGAAGAAAAGGAUGUUAGAUGAUGCUAGGCGGCUUUUUGACCAAAUACCCGUUAGGGAUGUAAUUUCCUGGAAUACCAUGAUUUCGGGUUAUGCGCAGGAUGGAGAUUUGUCGCAGGCUAGGAGGUUGUUUGAGGAGUCUCCAGUAAGGGAUGGCUUCACAUGGACAGCAAUUGUGUAUGCAUAUGUACAGAAUGGGAUGUUGGAUGAAGCGAGAACAAUUUUUUGUGAAAUGCCAACAAAAAGAGAGAUAUCAUACAAUGUGAUGAUUGCCGGUUAUGUGCAAUACAAGAAAAUCGAUAUGGCAAGGGAGUUGUUUGAGGCAAUGCCUUGUCAGAAUAUAGAUUCAUGGAAUAUAAUGAUAAGUGGCUAUGGUCAGAACGGUGAUAUAGCUCAGGCUAGGAACUUGUUUGAUAAGAUGCCUCAGCGUGAUUCUGUAUCUUGGGCGGCUAUUAUUGCUGGUUAUGCUCAGACUGGUCACUAUGAAGAAGCUAUGAACAUGCUUGUGGAGAUGAAACGAGAUGGAGAAAAUUUAAAUCGAUCUGCCUUUUGUUGUGCUUUGAGCACGUGUGCUGAUAUUGCUGCCUUGGAGUUAGGAAAACAAGUUCAUGGGCAGGUGGUGAAGACAGGGUAUGAGAAUGGGUGUUUAGUGGGGAAUGCACUUGUUGGAAUGUAUGGUAAAUGUGGCAGCAUAGAUGAAGCUUAUGAUGUGUUUGAAGGAAUACAACAUAAAGAUGUCAUCUCUUGGAACACAAUGUUAGCUGGUUAUGCAAGGCAUGGAUUUGGCAGACAGGCUUUAAUGGUGUUCGAGUCAAUGAUGAAAGCAGGUGUUAAACCCGAUGACAUUACCAUGGCUGGUGUGCUGUCGGCUUGUAGUCAUACUGGCUUGACAAACAAGGGAACUGAAUAUUUCCUUUCAAUGCAUAAAGAUUAUGGUAUAACACCAAAUUCAAAACAUUAUACUUGCAUGAUUGAUCUUCUUGGCAGAGCCGGACGCCUAGAAGAAGCACACAACUUAAUAAGAAACAUGCCUUUUGAGCCAGAUGCAGCAACAUGGGGAGCUCUACUAGGUGCAAGCCGGGUUCAUGGCAAUACUGAACUGGGUGAGAAGGCUGCUGAGAUGGUUUUUGAGAUGGAACCUCAUAACCCAGGAAUGUAUAUCCUUCUUUCAAAUUUAUAUGCAGCUUCUGGUAGAUGGGUUGAUGUUGGUAAGAUGAGAUUAAAAAUGAGGGAAGUUGGUGUUCAGAAAAUACCCGGAUAUAGUUGGGUUGAGGUACAAAACAAGAUUCAUACAUUCACAGUUGGGGAUCAUUUUCACCCAGAAAUAGGUAAAAUAUAUGCCUUCUUAGAAGAUUUAAAUCUAAAAAUGAAGCGUGAGGGGUAUGUUUCUUCAACAAAGUCGGUUUUGCAUGAUGUGGAAGAGGAAGAGAAGGAGCAUAUGCUCAAGUAUCACAGUGAGAAAUUAGCUGUAGCAUUUGGAAUCCUGACUAUACCAGCUGGCAGACCAAUACGUGUCAUGCAAAACUUACGUGUGUGUGAGGACUGUCAUAACGCCAUCAAACACAUAUCUAAGAUUGUUGGAAGGUUGAUAAUUUUAAGGGAUUCUUAUCGCUUUCACCACUUCAGUGACGGUGUUUGUUCUUGUGGGGAUUAUUGGUAA